AUGGCUUUAAUCGUUAUUUUGCGGUGGGGUCUGCAAAGGGGAACUAGUGUCCUACCAUGUAGCGUGAAGCCUGAUCGGAUAAGGAAAAACAUAGACAUUUUUAGUUGGUCUUUGGCGAGUGAUGAAUGGAACCGACUGAACAAGAUUGAACCACAGGUAUGCCUGUUCGGAAAUGGUCCUGUGAAUAAUCUCCUAGACAGUGGGUUUAUACCUGGGAGUGGUCCCCUUCAAGCUGUGUAUGAGAUGGAAGAUGAUGUGGAAUCCAAUUCUUGA